CUGAAGGAAUCCAAACGGGCGGUGAACAGCCUUCGGGAUAUCGUCGAUGACGAUGAUGACGACCUCGAGAGGGUCAGCUGGAGCGGAGAGCCUGUGGGAAGUAUCUCCUGGUCAAUCAAAGAGACAGCCUCCAGCAGCACUAGCUCACUGGAGGGCCGAGACUCCAGCCUACAGAAGGGCUCUUCCUCCUAUGCUGCUUUUCCCAAGCAAGUUUCCUCCUACUCCCUAAGCAGCCUAUUCAAAGGACGAAACAAGCUUCCAAGUUUCCAGUCCCUUUCAGAUGCCCUCUCUGACACAGGAGUUAAAAACUACGCCCCAGAGCUGCGCAGACCAAAAGCUGAGUACAAGGAUUACAGCAGUGAUUGGAGCCCCAAAGAUACAGUCAGGCGAAUGCAGAGGGGCAAGGUCUGCUCUCUAGAGAGAUUUCGCUCCCUGCAGCACAAGCUGGUGCUCUUGGAUGAAGCUGUGGCAGGGCAUGAUGGGAAUGUCAUUACAGCUGUCCUGAUAUUCCUGAAACGGACGCUAAGGAGAGAGAUCUUGUUUCGGGAGCUGGAGGUGCGGCAGGUGGCCCUAUGUCAUCUGAUCCAUUUCCUCAAAGAGACGGGCGAGCAGAAGUUGCUUCUGGACCUGCUCAGGUUCCUAGACAGGACUGAGGAAGUUGCUCUGUCCCAGUACCGGGAGCAUCUGAACAUCCAGGAUGUAGAAAAAAGGAGGGAAUUUCUGAAAGGCUGCAUUGGGCUGCCAUUUUCAGCUGAGGAUACCUCCCAUAUCCAAGACCAUUUUACCCUCUUGGAGCGACAGAUCAUCAUUGAGGCCAAUGAUCGGCACUUGGAGACAGCUGGGCAGUCAGAGAUAUUUCGGAAGUAUCCUCGCAAGGCUUCAAUUCUCAACAUGCCACUAGUGACCACCCUCUUCUAUUCCUGUUUCUACCACUACACAGAGGCUGAGGGAACGUUCAGCAGCCCAACCAACCUGAAGAAGACGUUUAAGAUUCCUGAUAAGCAGUAUGUGCUGACUGCCCUGGCUGCCCGUGCCAAGCUGCGAGCCUGGGAUGAUGUGGAUGCCCUCUUCACCACCAAGAACUGGCUGGGCUACACCAAGAAGAAGGCACCUAUUGGCUUCCACCGGGUGGUGGAGAUAUUGCAGAGGAACAAUGCUCCUGUGCAGGUGCUGCAGGAGUAUGUGCGCCUGGUGGAGGAUGUGGAGACACGGUUGAACCUUGCCACCAAGUACAAGUGCCAUGAUGUUGUCAUUGAGACAUACAGGGAUCUGAAGGAUCGCAUCCAGCUGACAGCAUAUAAAUGCAAGGUGGAGCGAGGCUCUGCAGAAGAAGAGAAGAUAAACAGCAUUCUCAGCAACAUGCAAAUCCGGUGGAAGAACUGAGCACCUGUGAAGCAGCCUGUUUGGCCGGUGCCUUGCCAGUGAAAGAGGAGACUGCAAAACCCAGCCCAGUGCCAACAGAGCAACUCUGUUACUACUCAUUGCAUGAUCAACAUUCGUCAGUGACAGUGGGUGCCCGUGGCUUGUGGGACAGUGGCAUUCAGGCUGGUUGAAGGCAGCUGCUCCAAUGCAGCCAGCGAAACCACGGUACUGGUCCACCAGGCUUGAUUCUUUUUGGAAUCUGAUUCUCUUUCACUUGGCUGUAAGCCAGGCAUUGCUUUUGUUUACGGAGGGAAGUUGCUGGGCACAGCAAGGUUGCGUUUGCUCUGGGUGGUGCCUGGGCUGCUUCUCUCAAGAGGAACAGGUCAGUCCCU